UUGGAUUCUUUCUGACAGUAGCCAUUGCAAGGAACACGCGGUGUUCCGUAAGUUCAAGAAAAUGGGUCGCCGUCCAGCAAGAUGUUAUCGCUACUGCAAAAACAAGCCGUACCCCAAGUCGCGUUUCUGUCGCGGUGUGCCGGACCCGAAGAUCCGUAUCUUCGAUCUGGGCCGUAAGAAGGCCGUGGUGGAAGACUUCCCGUUGUGCGUGCACCUGGUGUCGGAUGAGUACGAACAGCUCAGCUCCGAGGCGCUGGAAGCGGGACGUAUUUGCUGCAACAAGUACCUGGUCAAGUACUGCGGCAAGGACCAGUUCCAUAUCCGCAUGCGGCUGCAUCCAUUCCACGUAAUCCGCAUCAACAAGAUGUUGUCCUGUGCCGGAGCUGAUAGGCUCCAGACUGGAAUGCGUGGUGCCUUCGGUAAGCCACAAGGAACCGUGGCGCGCGUCAACAUCGGCCAGCCGAUCAUGUCGGUGCGCUCGAGCGAUCGCUUCAAGGCUCAGGUCAUCGAGGCCCUGCGUCGUGCCAAGUUCAAGUUCCCGGGUCGUCAGAAGAUCUUCGUCUCGAAGAAGUGGGGCUUCACCAAGUACGACCGUGACGUCUACCAGCAGCACCAGGAUGAGGGUCGCCUCGUACCGGACGGAUGUGGCGUGCAGUUCCGCAACGAUCAUGGUCCGCUGGCCAAAUGGGAGCAGCACCAGCUGUGGCGCCUCAAUGCCUAAACAACCUGCGCGUUGAUAAAGGAUCGGUGCAGCAUCGGACAUCGCUGCAGCCAUCCCAACCGGGAAGUGGAGUUUCCAUUGCGUGAACUUCAUUGUAUUCUUUGCAACAACAAAAAAUAAAAGAAAAGUUUGAUUUGCAUUUCAAA